AUGACUGAGAAAAACAUUGUCGUGGUAGGAGCCGGUGUUGCUGGUUUGACCACGGCUCUCCUGCUGUCCCAGAAUCCGCGAUACAAGGUCACCAUUGCUGCAAAGCAUAUGCCAGGAGACUAUGACAUUGAAUAUGCCUCGCCCUGGGCUGGCGCAAACUAUAUGCCGGUGUCGGUAAAGGGGACACCAGCGGAAGACUGGGAUAGAAACACCUGGCAGCCUCUUUUUGACUUGGCAAAGAACCACCCCGAGGCGGGUAUUCACUUCCAAAGGACUGAAAUCUACAACCGUAAAAAGGACGUCUCCUCAGCCACAGCUGCGUGGUUUGCUGAGCUUGUCAGUCCCAAUCCAUGGUUCAGCACCCUUUUCGACGAUUUUCGCCAAAUCCCAAAGUCAGAGCUCCCGGCCGAGAUCGAUAACGCCAACAGCUUCACAUCAGUCUGUAUUAACACUGCAAUAUACCUGCCCUGGCUCGUAUCUCAAUGUCUGAAGAAUGGAGCCAUUCUCAAGCGGGCGGUGUUCAAACACAUUGCAGACGCCGCCGCCCCUGGCGUCCAUCAUUCAGGACGCCCCGCAGACCUUGUGGUCAACUGUACCGGACUUUCGGCGGCGAAAAUCGGCGGCGUUGAAGACAAGUUGGUUGUCCCUGCUCGAGGUCAAAUUGUCGUUGUCAGGAACCCGGCACCCGCAAUGUAUGCGACGUCUGGAACAGAUGACAGCCCAGAUGAAGCCUGCUACAUCAUGACUAGGGCUGCUGGUGGUGGGACGAUCUUGGGUGGUUGUUAUCAAAAAGGAAGCUGGGAAUCGCAGCCCGACCCGAAUCUCGCAGUCAGGAUCAUGAAGCGAUGCGUCGCCAUCUGCCCCGAGCUGACUGGAGGCAAGGGCAUCGAGCACCUUGAUAUAAUUCGACACGGCGUCGGCCUCAGACCCGUGCGGGAAGGAGGAACUAGAAUUGAGAAGGAGAAAAUCAAGGGUGUCUGGACAGUGCACAACUAUGGUGCAGGCGGCGCCGGGUACCAGUCAUCGUAUGGUUGCUCCCAAGCAGCCGUGAAAUUGGUCGACCAAGUUUUCGAGGAUAGGGCCAGGUUAUGA